AUGACCUCCAACUACAACACCAGACAAUGGGCCAACCGCGUCCGCGCCAAGGAUGACGAGAAUGUCUCCCAAAAGGAAGACCAGCAAGGUGGCUCUUCUCCUUGGGAACCUACCAAGCAGUACACCGCGCCCUCUCAGUCCGCCGGUGGACGCUCGCAACCCGCCGAUGCCUCUGCCAGUGAUCCUUCCUCUCAGCAACAGCCCUAUAGCUCGAAAUAUCAUUUCACCCAUGACGAGCUGGCUCACCCAGACGAGUAA